CUGGACAAUGGCGUGGGACUCACACCCCCCAUGGGAUGGUUGUCUUGGGAGAAAUUCCGCUGCAACGUAGAUUGCAGCCAUGACCCUGCCAACUGCAUCUCCGAGCGCCUGUUCAUGGAGACAGCAGAUAGCAUGGUUGCAGACGGCUUUAGAGAUGCUGGAUACGAAUUUGUCAUCAUAGAUGACUGCUGGCUGGCUAAGGGAAGGGACGAGGGUGGCAAGCUCCAGCCUGAUCCAGACAGAUUCCCAACAGGAAUGACUGCUUUUGGGAGGUACCUGCACAGAAGGAAGUUGAAGUUUGGAAUAUAUGGGGACAUUGGUACAAAGACCUGUGGGGGUUACCCAGGAAUGGCAGCCCACCUCAAGCAAGAUGCCCAGACUUAUGCAGACUGGGGCGUCGACUACCUGAAGGUGGAUGGGUGCUAUGCGGACACUGAUACUUACAAUGAGACAUACCCAGAGCUGGGGGUGGCGCUGAAUGCAACAGGGCGGCCCAUAGUGUACAGCUGCUCUUGGCCUGCCUAUCUUCCAGACCCUAUCCCCUACAGGGCGCUGAAGAAGCACUGCAACCUGUGGCGCAACUGGCUGGACAUCCAGUCAGACUGGGCCAGCCUGAAGAGCAUCAUAGUGUUCUGGGCAGAGGCAUCGCUCCUCUCCAAGGGCUUCACGGACAUCGCCGGGCCAGGAUCCUUCAACGACCCAGACAUGCUCAUCAUUGGGAAUGAGGGCAUCUCAGACGAUCAGGGGAAGCUGCAGAUGGGCGCUUGGGCGAUGUUUGCAGCGCCACUGCUGAUGGGCAACGAUGUGCGCAACCUGACAGACGCCCAGCAAGCCAUCCUGCUCAACAAGGACGUCAUUGCCAUCGACCAAGACCCUGCAGGU